CGUUAAUGGCCGGGUUAAUAAUACUGCACAUUGCUAAACUGCAUUCUAUACAAUUUUAGGGAGUGAAAUUUAAGUUUAUAAAUGAUGCAGUACAACUUUAAAUAAGAGCAGGGUGAAUUCCAGAAAGCAAGAUGAUCUUCCCAUCACAUUUACCCUGAACUCUCUGCUGAUUAACCCCAAACUUGUGUACUGUUGGUAUGUCGGGUCUAAAACACCUGUUAUGAGUGAGUGUUAAUCCACAUCAUAUCGGUAACACAGAGUUAAUGCGCGCGCACGCGAGUACAAAAAGACAUCUUCAAAGGAGCGCCGAUUUCAGGAGUCACCAUGGAAACACAAGGAGGAAAAACAGCGAGCUACAUUCUUCCGUGAAACUGAGACAGUAAUUUCAUCAUGGGUUCAAAAUGUUCAACUCCACAAGCUCAACCUGAUGACCCCCCAACUCUUCUUAUUAAGAAACCAUGGAGGACAAUGAAAUGGGGUGAAAGCGAAAAAAUGUUACAGAAACUACAGGAGUUUCAAUUAAACCAUAUUUCCGAGCAUCUCAGGAUUCUGGUUGUUGGACCAGCAGGUGCUGGGAAGUCUGCAUUUAUCACCUCAGUUAAUACUGCCAUCCAAGGUCGCAAUACGUGCCUCGCUCAUUCACUCAGUGGUGGUAAUAAUGUCACCUGCAAGUACACCAUCUACAGCCUGGACAUUGACAACGAUGGAUCUUAUCCAUUUCUGUUCGGUGACACGAUGGGUCUUGAAGAAGGUUCAUCUACUGCACUCACAAAAGACAUCAUCAGCAUUCUGCAUGGUCAUGUACAAAAGGAAUAUCCAUUUAAUUCCGAGACAGAACUGACGGCUGAAAGCAAUUACUAUAACAAAACUCCAACUCUAAGUGACAAAGUUCACUGCCUGGUGUUUGUCAUACCAGAAGACAGAAUUCACAGUUCAUCUGAUAAAAUCGUUGAUCAAAUUAAAGAAAUUCUGCAAAAAGCACAUGAUUUAGGAAUUCCUGUCGUUAUCGUCAUGAGCAAGGUGGAUAAAGUAUGUCCACAUGUAAAAGAGGACCUGAAAAUGAUCUACAGAAGCAAGAAAAUCAAACAGAAGCUGGAGGAGUGCAGUGUCAAUCUGGGCGUUCCACUGAAUUACAUCUUUCCUGUGAAGAACUAUCAUGAUGAAAUCGAAAACAAUGCUGAGGUGGACGUUUUGCUUCUCACAGCAGCGACAAAUAUUGUGAAUUUCGCGAAUGAUUUUGUGAAACUAACAGUUGCAAAAUAGGAAAAAGGGGUCUAGAUAUCUGUUUGUACCUAUGACUUAAGAAGAUUCAAAUGAAAACACAUGGAAAGUCUGUACACUAGAGGUGUGUGAAUGUGUUGUUUUAAUCCAUUUAUCAUAACUUCUGAUUAACUUAGUCAGGUUUAUUUCUUCAAAAAAUGAGCUUGUAACAGGAAAAAGGUGAUUAUGGAAAUUAAUAAAAUGUAUCAAAAGCAUUGCUCAGUACAAAUACAUGCUAUUAAACUUG